GUGGGGCUGGUACACAAGUUUAAUAGUAGCUAGCUGAUUAAAAUGACUACCUUUGCGUUAUCCCCACCUCCUAUUGGACACUGGCCAGACAAUGGCCAGAUUUCCUCCAGAAGUGUGGCAUCAUUGCAGACGACUGGCUCGGCAGUGCAUUUCUCUGAGGCUGGUGACAGCUAUUCAACUACUACCCUUCUCUCUCCAACACUCAGUCUGCACACAGAGCUGGAGCCCUAUUAUGAGGGACUGGAAUCUGCCAAUAGCUUUACAGCAAUGGACAGGUCCAUGUGCAGUACAGAGCAAAUUACCUUCACCAACUGGGUGAAUGACCGUAUCAAGCCUGGCAAAGCUACCAUAAAGGCUGGACUGCACCUGGUUACCCUGCGCAAGGUGGCUGACCUAGGGACAGACCUGGGAGAUGGUAUCAUACUCAUCAAGUUGCUCGAGAACCUGACAAAGAAGAAGAUCAGAGGGUACACUAAGAACCCGAAGGUAACAGCUCACAAGAUGGUCAACCUAGACCUGGUGUUUGAUUUCCUACAUAAAGAGAAAAUCAAAGUCAUUGGAAUUGGGAGCCACAACAUCUUCAACGGUGACCUCAAGCUCAUUCUGGGGCUUAUUUGGACCCUCGUUCAGAAAUACCAGCUCAGAAUGAUAGGCACUCGUGUCUCCACCAAGGUGGUCAUGGUGGAAUGGUUGCAAGCCCUCCUACCCUCCUGGAAAAUAUCCAACGUCACAUCUGAUUGGAGCGAUGGAAGAGCUUUGGUUGCACUAAUCAACGAGGUGAAACCAGGAUUGGCCUCUAACGUCAUGACCCUUGACCCCACCAAGCGUCGUGGUAACUGUCUCCUCGGAUUAAAAGUCGCUCACGAUCAUCUCAAGAUCCCCAAACUGAUAUCGGCUGACGACCUAUCCAACUCUUCAAUGGAUGAACUGAGCAUGAUGACGUAUCUCUCGUACUUUGUAGAGCCAGCCAAAGCUCAACUGCUCAAGUGGGUCAAGAAACAAAUCCCCCAUAUUGGUGUGUCCAACUUCAUCAGUGAUUGGUCGGAUGGACGGGCCCUCGCUGCACUCACUGAAGCACGGUUCCCCUACCUUCUACCAGAGGCUUUUGGAGAUGCUAUAAAUCCCGAGAAAAGAGUAGAAAACAUUCAGACGAUUUUCGAUGCUUGCGACAGGAGAUUAGGCAUUCAACCCAACCUGAAGCCCGAUCAGCUAGCCAAGGCGCAAGUGGAGGAGCUGCAAGUUAUGACCUAUAUCCUGCGGCUGAGAACGGGACAACUAAGAGCUCUACCGGACGAGAUACGAGUAACUGGAGAUGGUAUUUCGAAGGCUACCACUCUCAAACAGACACGGUUCCAGAUUGACACAACCCAAGCAGGUCCAGGGAAACUAUCCAUCGAUGCCUACUACAAUGAUGGGGAGAAAGUCAAGUUCUCGUUCAGUGAAAUAUCUCCUGCAGUGGCCAUGAUCUCGUACACCCCACCGUCCUCUGGUACCAUCCAUAUCGACAUCCUCUGGUCCGACACUCCCAUUCCAAACAGCCCAUUCACAAUCAACGUCACCGAUUCCACUCUCAUACGUUUCAUCGACUUUGAGCACCACUCGAAGCUUUGCCGAGUCAACGUCCCCAUCUCCCUGAGUCUCCAGGCUAAGAAGGCUGGGCCUGGAACACUAGAGGCCAGUUUGGACUACAACGAUGGGACCGAAAUCAAAGCCCUCGUUCGGAAGCAACCAGACUCCACUCUAACACUCGAAUACACACCCACAAAACCAGGCAAACCUGUUCUCAGAGUAUUCUGGAACUGUGAUGAGCUCCGUCAUUUGUCGAUACCCUACACGGUUGUGGAUAGCGGCAACUAUCGAGUGACAAAGAAACCAAUCAAGAAAAUCUAUCGUACGUUUGAAGGAGCUACGUUCAGUAUUGCAGCUGAGGGAGCCUCUCUUGAUGUACUGCUCAUGACGGCUUUCCUCGAUGAUAUACAGAUCCCUAUCCGAUUCAAGAAGAUCGACGGUAACAAAGGUGAUGCUACGUUCACGCCCACACUGCCUGGAGUGUAUCGUAUUGAAGUGGCCUGUGUCAACAUGCUCGUUGAGGGUAGUCCAUUCCAAGUGGAAGUGGCAGACCCCUCUCAAUGCAAGCCGGUGGGUUUGCUUCCCAAGUACUUAAAGAUGGGAGAUCCAUACAAGUUCACUGUGGACAUGAAGAACGCUGGAGUUGGAGAUUUGGAGUUUGUCUCAGCAGACGGUGUGGGAGCAGCACCAUUCGAUACUGUUGUGCUUCCUGUCAACAAGAACGGUAUGCAAACGCUCGAAGUUACACCACAGAAAAGUGGUGAUUACCUCGUCGGAAUACAAUUCCAUGACUCGUUUAUUCCAAGCAAUCCGUUCCGAGUUACCGUAUGCGAUCCAAAAAAGUGCCGAGCUGGCGGAAACCUCAAGACAGGUGUUGUUGGAAAGCCAGUGGAAUUCAAAGUUGUCAUAAUGGGCAAAGAAAGCGAUGAAAUCAAGCCAACGGUGAAAGCUUCCGGACCAAGUGCAAAGUACACGGCUGACAUUCGCUCUACUGAUGAAUACACAUAUGCUGUUCGAUUCACACCGUGGGAAGUUGGUAAUCACGAGAUCACUAUACAAUACGGCGGUUUUGACAUCCCUAAGAGCCCCUUUCAAAUGAUUGUGUCUGCAUUUGAUUCUAAAGGCAUCAGUGCCACUGGUAGUGGACUGCAGGAAGCAUACACUGGAGUACCUGCUCAGUUCGUGGUUCUGGCCAAACAAGAAGGACUACUAGAAGACGGAAAUCUGCAAAUCAAAGUAGCCGGAGUUGUCAACAAUGUGGAGUGCAAAGUCCGAGCUCGAGAUAAUUCCAAUGGCACGUACAACAUUGCAUACCUUGCUCAACUAGCAGGUGCUUAUCUUGUCACGAUCUUAGCAGGAGGUCACCAUAUUCCUGGCAGUCCCUUCAGACUGACGGCCACACCCGGACCUGACGCUCUAAACUGCUACAUGUACGGACCAGCCACUGAGCCACAAGCAGUUCUAACUAUUGGCAAACCGAUUGAUUUCACGGUUGAUGCUUCGGAGGGUGGUACUGGUUCACUGAGCGUGAAAGCAGUGGGUCCAGGAGGAUCAGAGGCACGAGUGUACAUGGCUAAGGCUGACAAGAAGGGCGCCUGGGACAUCAUGUUGGAUCCAGUACGACACGGCAAGUACCGUGUGAGCGUCAAGUGGUCUGGAAAGCACAUCCAAGCAAGUCCUUUUCUCCUCAAAGUGUUUCCUGGAGCAGAUGCUUCAAAAUGCAGGGCUUUUGGACCUGGUUUAGAGGAUGGCCAGGUUGGAAGAGCAAGUUCAUUCACUAUCGAGACUAGAAAUGCUGGAGCAGGCACGCUCAAAGUGAGGCUGCAUGGAGUUAAAGAUGCAUUCAAAAUCGAUAUCAAACCAGCCGAUCAGCGAGAUGUGAGAACACUGAUAGCUCGUUAUGACCCACGGAAACCUGGAGAGUACUUGGUUACCAUCAAAUGGACCGACUUGCACGUUCCGGGAAGCCCCUUCCGAGUGAAGAUUGAAGGAGAUGAGCUGACACAGGACGACAUUGACGACUCCAUGUUACGAGCUACACCACGCCACGAGGAGCUGGACUCCAUUCCUGAAGAAGAGGACGAAGAAGAAGACGUAUUGGAUCCAAGCCACCAUCCGCAACUAAAGAAAAAGAAAAGGAAGCAAAAGAGGAACAAAGGAAGACCGUUGGUGCAAGUUGUACCAGUCAUGAUUCCUAUGAUGCGUCCUGCACAACCUUACCAUCAAACGUUCCAGUCGAGCAGUCGAUCCAAUCCCCCCCGGCCAGCGAGCAAUGGGGGGGCUGGUGCUAACAGAAUGAUGACCUUCAAUGGAGUAUCUCGUCAAGGCCAACGCCCACGCACACAUGCAAGACAAACACGACAAGCACAGUACACUGGUCAAGCCAACAUACAAAUGAACACUGUUAGAGCUGGGCAAGCGAGACCGCAAAGAAGGUAUUAUUAGUAAAGCAAAGACAUAACAAACUUCAUCAUCUUUUUAUAGCUAAGUAACAUUUUAUCGUUUGUACCACUCAGCUUGUGUUAGAUUGACUUAAUAACAUUGUCAUUAGAAAACGGUUUAUGUAACAUUGAAAUUUAUGCAAGAGAAAAA